AUGGUUUCUGAAGCGGGGAGGGCGAACGGCUCCCGGUUUAAGCCGGUACUGUUAGAGGUGGCGGGAGCACUUGUCGACAAUCGUUGCGCUGAUGUGACGCGGCGCCUCCGGCAGUACCGCAAUCGCUACGCCCCAAUAUUGCGACUGGUUACCACGCUUAUUGCCCCAGUUAUGGAGGAAAGCCAGCUGUUUGGCGAUGAUGACUCGUGCGUGGAGUCGGCGGCCGUCGCUGAUGACGGAAGGUUGAAGGAAGGAGUGACUGAGAUGGCAGGAGCAACAGCAGUUGUGGGGGGCGACGGUGCGUUGCGCGGCAGAAAUGGCGGGGUCAAGCGAGGACGAGGUGAGCCGCUCAUAACCGCUCCGCGUUGUGCGGUUGUCGCUGAGAAACGAAUAAUUGUCGUGCACCGCCUACACGACAAGGAGGUCCCUGACGCUGUAGAAAAACUUGAGAGGUUUAUGUCCUAUCACUUUCUUCCACUGGCGUUACUGCACAACUGCCAACCGAAUAUUUCACCUGACGAUGUACCAUUCGUGCUUCGUCACUAUGUGCACGAAGCCACACGUACAGCAUCCUUCCUUGUGGCGGAUCUUUCCAAGCGAGCGGCUGCCAUUAUUGACCCCCAGGUGGAUGUUUCAUGCUACGAGGAGGAUCUGGCCUUUCUGCAGGUUCAGUUGGUCGGAAUUGUACUCACUCACUGCUUCGUCGAUAUUGCUAUGGGGCACGCGGCUCUACUUGAGCAUCACCCAACCGCAAAGUUACUGAGCGGUACGCCUUUUGUGUCGACGGGGUACGGUUGCUCUGACGGGUUGUCACUCCAUUUAAGUUCACGCCUACACUUGCGGUGCAUAUCGGUUCCUUCUUUUUCACCGGAGUGUCUUGUCGUUGAACUUCACCUGGAUGCACAGUUGCUCGCCCUCUUCACGGGCACUGUGAUGGGGACAGAUGCUGUGCCUCGUUACGAAUUCUUCGGUGAUUUUCCACUUCCCCUCGAGCCUCAAGGGGAUCUCCAACACACAAGCGCAAUGCCGGCCCCUGAGGUGGCACGGCGCUUUCUCAGGGAGCGAGUUUGGGAUGCGUAUUUCUUUCCUGAUCCUGCCGCGGGUCAUGUGCAGCCAUGGGAUCACGUUGUUGUCUUCCCUUCGCACGGAGGUUACAGUAAUGUUACGCACCAGUUGGAUCUUUACUGGGCCGUACAUAUCGGGGAUAUGAAGAGGAUGAAACACUCUCGCACGGUAAUGGACAAAAUCUUAGACCCUGAGAAAUAUGCCCAGCACAUGCUUGAUCGCCCGCGGUUACCAAAGCCGUUGUUGGUCUCGCAUGUUCGAGAAUGGAAUUUACUUUCUGUUCCAUCUGCAUUUGGUGGAAGCGGGGAGGGACUCCUAAGGCGCCGUCUGUUACCGCCACCGGCUUGCGCCCUUACCUCCCCUUGCCCGGGUCCUGUUGUUGUGGACAUACGCAGUGCAGCGGAUCACGUGACAAUGCAUUUAAAGGGGUCUGUAAACGUUCCCAUGACCUUUCCUGCUGCAGCUUACGGUGUGAAGAAGGCGGAGCUGUGGUUGCAGUGCAUGUUGAAGCCCCUCCAGCCAGUAGUUGUUGUCUGUGCAAACGAGAGGCAGUGCCACUUGGCGCGUCAACGUCUGGAGCUGAUUUCACCAGGUGCCUCCGUUGAAACCUUCACUUUGCAGGAGCUGUGCCCUCCUUGUGGCGUCCACGCGGUGGACGGGCAGGAAAAGGAGGUAUUUAACCGUGUGGACGUAACAACAAGUCUUCCGGCGACCGUUGACUCACGGCAUCUACCGCGACACCUCACAUGGGUAUUCGAUUCAACCGCUUCUGCGCAGUCGCGGCUUGACUGCUAUCAGAAAUUGCAGUUCAUCGAACCAGCAGAGGACACGCUUGUCUUGGACUGCCGGACUCCUUACGAGUUCAGGAAUGGUUCGCACACGCGUAGCGUGUUUCUUUCCUUGGGAGACCUGUGCCACAUAACUGCCCUGGAUUUAGUAGCGCAGCAACUGACACCAGAGGCAGACGUGCAUUGUGGCGGCUGGCCUUCCCCUGAGCUUGGACGCAUUAUACUUGAUAGAAUGUACGAAGCCGCGCUUGCAUCCGGUCUCAAGUGCCGGCCAGGAUGUCGGGGGAUUCGCAAGAUCGUUGUUUAUUGCGCCACAGGUUAUCGAUCGCUCAUUGCAGCCUCGCUCAUGAGGAGAGCCUUCGAAGCUGCUUCGCUAGACAUUGUGGUGUACGAUGUGGCGGGCGGGGCUCUUCAGGUGAUGCAACAACGUCCUGAUCUUUGGACUGUGAAGGAUCGUUCUAUCAUAUGCAUUAGCUGA